ACAGAAGCUUUGAAAAAUCAGCUUCUCGCUAAAAUUGAGAUCAUGGCAAACCAAGGCUUACAGUCUUGCUCGACUCAAUCCUCUGUGGAGCUUAAAACAUCCAUUGCAAGUAUGGUAUUCGAAUUAACGUCGAUGGAGUUAUUUGGUUAUGAUUCUUCCAAAUCAUCAAAGUUCCUAAGUAAGAUGUUCACCGACUUCUUUUCAGGUCUUAUGACCUUUCCCGUAAACAUUCCUGGUACUGCUUUCUACCGACGUAUGAAGAACCGAAAAAAGGCUGUAGAGCUUAUGAAGGAUAUUCUGCAGGAGAGAAUCAACUCAGCAAAGAAGCGCCGCGGUGAUUUUCUUGAUCAACUCAUAGAUGACAUGAAAAAGGAGGAUUUCUUGACUGAAGAUUUUGUGGUUUAUAUGAUGUUUGGGCUUCAGCUUGCCAGUUUCGUGUCUAUUUCUGCGAAUCUGACAAGGGCUAUAAGGUUAAUGACAGAAAAUCCUUUAGUGAUCAAGGAAGUAAAGCAAGAGCAUGAAGCAAUUUGUAGAAGAAAGUAAAAUAUGGAUGCUUCACUUACAUGGACAGAUUUUAAAUCAAUGAAAUUUACAUCCCAGGUAUGCAAUCUAAAUACAAGAGUGCUGCAUAUUAAAAAUGAGCACCGAAAAAGGUUAAAACCCAUCCGCCCGGUUAAGCGUAGUUAAUAAUAUCCAUUGAGUAUAAUUUUUGCAGGUACUCAAUGAAACAUU